AUGGGUUCCCUGUGGAGCUGGUGGACACUCUGGGCCGGAGCAGCCCUCCUGUGGGGGUUGACCCAGGAGGUCACAGCGACCCCCAAGAAUGCUGGCGGGGAGGAUUUCCUGGCGACCUUCCUGCAGAAUUACCAGGCCGGGUACAGCAAGGCCAGUCUCCAGCUCUUCAUCUCCAGUUUGUCAGAAAACAUCGCCACGGUCUCCAUCAUSAGCCACGCAGAUAAAACCUCGCAGACGGUCACAGUGAAACCUGGGCAGACAGUCACAGUCAACAUCACUGCUGAGGCUGAGAUGUCCGGCACCAAUACCUUUAUGGGUGCGGUAGAGGUUCACUCUGACCAAAACAUCUCCGUGCAGGCGUUAAAUGCUAAGCCCAGCUCAGCGGACCUGACGCUGUUGCAACCUGUCAGUGCCCUGGGCACAGAGUACUUUGUGGUCACACCUACUGACAUCUCAACCCGAAAUGUCAGGGAGUUUGCAGUGUUGGCUGGCUCCGAAGGUGCUGAGGUCAGCGUCCUCCUGAAGGGGGCAGUGACGUUCAAGGGCAAAUCCUACUCAGCCGGCAGUGUCCUAGAGGUGACUCUGAACUCUUACGAAUCGGUCCAGUUACAGAGCAAAGUUGAUCUCUCGGGGUCAAAGGUCACAGCCAACCACCCCGUAGCUGUUUUCUCUGGCCACAGCUGUGCCCAGAAGCACACGAAGUGCGACUUCGUGAUGGAACAGYUGUUACCCACAUCCGCCUGGGGCAAACAAUAUGUGGUCCCCCCUCUGGCCGCCCAGUCUAACUACGAUCUGGUCUACAUUGUGGCCAGCCAGACCACAAACCUCACCUACAACCAGGGGGGUACCCCUGGCUCCCGGGUGCUCCAGAUGGGUGACGUGUUUGAGUUGCAGGUCAAGCCAAAGCAGCCACUCACCCUGUCUGCCGAUGUGGGCAUCCAGGUCGUGCUGUUUGGCACAGGUGCYGACAGGAAUGAUGUGACCUAUGACCCCUACCUGAUCCUGAUCCCAGAUGUGGAAGCCUACUGCUCUUCCUAUGUGAUCAGGAGUAUUCCAGACUCUGAGGACGUGGUCAUACUGGUGGUACCRACAAAAGACACCAGCGGGCUGACCAUGGAUGGGCACCAACUGGGAUCCACACUCACCUGGGCKCCUGUGCAGGGCAGUCAGUUCUCCUACGCUGAAGUGGACCUCAGCACUGCUAAAGCCAUCCACAGGGCUGAGGCAACUACCAACUUUGGAAUGCUCCUCUUCGGGCUGGCCCAGGCUGUGGGCCUCGGGACAACAGCUACCUGCACUGGACGGUCCUCUGCGGACCCCUGCCAAGGUGUGCAGUGUCCAGCCGGGCAGCACUGCCGGGCCCAGGGCAGGAAGACCUCAUGCGUGCGGGAUCCCACAGCCGUCUGCCGCGCCCAGGGUGACCCUCAUUACACCACCUUCGACGGGCGUCGCUACGACAUGAUGGGCACUUGCUCCUACACGAUGGCCGAGCUGUGCGGGCAGGACGACACCCUGCCUGCCUUCAGCGUCAAUGCCAAGAACGAGCACAGGAACAGCCGUCUCGUCUCCUACGUGGGCUACGUCACCGUGCUUGCCUACAGCCACUCCGUGUCGCUGGCCCGCGGGGAAGUUGGCUUCGCCAGGAUCGACAACCAGCGCUCACGCCUGCCGGCCUCCCUGAGYGAGGGUCGCCUGCGAGUGUACCAGAGUGGGACAAAGGCCGUGGUGGAGCUGGACUUCGGGCUGGUGGUCACCUAUGACUGGGACGCCCACCUGGCCAUAAGCCUGCCUGAGCGCUUCCAAAACCAGGUGUGCGGUCUGUGCGGCAACUACAACAACAACCCUGGUGACGACCUGCUCACUCCGGACGGGACUCUGGUCUCUGACAUCGUGGAGUUUGCCAGUAGCUGGAAGCUAGAUGAUGGUGACUACCUGUGUGAUGAUGGCUGCCAGAACAACUGUCCCUCCUGCACCCCAGACCAGACCCAGCAGUACGGAGACAGCCGUGUCUGUGGCGUGCUGACCGUGCCCGAAGGCCCCUUCGCAGCCUGCCAUGAAUCCCUGGAUCCCCACCUGUUCCUGGAGGAUUGUAUAUACGACCUGUGCGCGACUGGCGGGGACCGGAUCAGCCUGUGCCGUGCCCUUGGCGCCUAUGCCCAGGCCUGCACGGAGCUGGGCAUCUCUGUCGGAGACUGGAGGUCACCAGUCAACUGCUCCAUGUCCUGCCCCGGCAACAGCACCUACGAGCCCUGCGCGCCCCCCUGCCCCGCCACCUGCAACUCAGAAGCCUCACCCGCCAACUGCUCCGGGCGCUCGUGCGUGGAGGGCUGCGUGUGCCGGGAGGGCUUCGUGAUGAGCGGCGGCGCCUGUGUGCCAGCCUCGUCGUGCGGAUGCACCUACGAGGGCCAACUCCUGGCGCCCGGCCAGGCCAUCUGGGCCGAUGAUCAGUGUAGCCAGCGCUGUACCUGCGACGGCGCCACCCACACGGUGAGUUGCCAGAGCGUGAAGGGCUGCCCGGAGGGCGAGCUGUGCCAAGUCCAGAACGACCUCCUGGGGUGCUACCCCACCAGCUUCGGGAGCUGCCAGGCGUCUGGGGACCCGCACUACGUGAGCUUCGACGGCCGGCGCUUCGAUUUCAUGGGCACCUGCAUGUACCUGCUGGUGGGCUCGUGCGGCCAGGACCCGGCGCUGCCCACCUUCCGGGUGCUGGUGGAAAACGAGCAUCGGGGCAGCAAGACCGUGAGCUACACGCGCGCCGUGCGAGUGGAGGCCUAUGGCGUGGAGGUGGCCGUGCGCCGAGAGAACCCGAGCCAAGCCCUGUUGAAUGGCAUCCUCCAAAACCUGCCCUUCCAAGCCGCAGACGGGCGUGUGCAAGUGUUCCGCCAGGGCAGGGAUGCCGUCGUGCGCACCGACUUUGGCCUGACCGUCACCUACAACUGGGACGCCCACGUGACCGUCAAGGUGCCCAGCAGCUAUGCAAAGGCCCUGUGUGGGCUCUGUGGGAACUUCAACGGGGACCCGUCUGAUGACCUGGCUCUGCGGGGCGGAGGCCAGGCUGCCAACGCUCUGGACUUUGGAAACAGCUGGCAGGAGGAGCCCAGCCCCGACACCUGUGGAGCGGGCGAGCCUGGCAACUGUCCCAAGCUGGACUCCCUGGUGACCGAGCAGGUGCAGAGCAAGAAGGAAUGUGGAAUCCUUGCCGACUCUUCGGGGCCCUUCCGGGAGUGUCACAGCAAGGUGGACCCCCAGGGGGCAGUGCGCGACUGUGUCUAUGACCUCUGCCUGCUGCCCGGCCAGUCCGAGCUGCUGUGUGAGGCCUUAGCUGCCUACGCCGAGGCUUGCCAGGCCGCUGGGGCCACCGUGCAACCCUGGAGGACCGAGGAAUUCUGCCCCCUGACCUGCCCACCUCACAGCCACUACGAGGCAUGUUCCCACGGCUGCCCACUGUCCUGUGGAGACCUCCCAGUGCCCGGGGGCUGUGGCACAGAGUGCUACGAGGGCUGCGUGUGUGACGACGGCUUCGCCCUCAGUGGUGACUCCUGCGUGCCCCUGGCCUCCUGCGGCUGCGUUCACCAGGGCACCUACUACCAGCCGGGCCAGAGCUUCUACCCCGGACCCGGGUGCGAGACCUUUUGCCACUGCCAGGAAGGCGGCCUGCUGUCCUGUGAGCCCUCCUCCUGUGGCCCSCAGGAAGCGUGCCAGCCGUCCAAUGGAGUCCUGGGCUGCGUGGCCGUGGGCUCUGUCACCUGCCAGGCGUCGGGAGACCCCCAUUAUACCAGCUUCGACGGCCGCCGCUUUGACUUCAUGGGCACCUGUGUCUAUGUGCUGGCUCAGACCUGYAAGACCCGGCCUGGCCUGCCCCAGUUUACCGUCCUGCAGGAGAACGCGCCUUGGGGCAAUGGGAAAGUCAGUGCCACCAAGGUGAUCACCGUGCUGGUGGCCAACCACACCCUGCGGCUGGAGCAGAUGCAAUGGACGGUCAAGGUGGAUGGCGUGGACCAGAAGCUGCCGGUGGAGCUGGCCGAGGGCGCGGUGCGCGCYUUCCAGCACGGCUCCGACGUGGUGGUGGAGACCGACUUCGGCCUGCGGGUGGCCUACGACCUCAUGUACUACGUGCGCGUCACCGUCCCGGGCAACUACUACAAGCAGAUGUGUGGCCUGUGCGGAGACUACAACGGCGACUCCAAGGACGACUUCCAGAAGCCCGACGGCUCGCAGGCCGCYGACCCCAACGACUUCGGCAACUCCUGGGAGGAGGCGGUGCCCGACUCCCCGUGCGCGCCGCCGCCCCCCUGCGAGGACUGUCACUGCAGCCCCGAGCUGGAGGAGAAGUACAAGAAGGAGCAGUUCUGUGGCCUCCUGGCCAGCACCACAGGGCCGCUGGCCAACUGCCACAAGCUGGUGGCCCCCGAGGGGCCCUUGGAAGAGUGCGUCUUCGACCUGUGCCUGGGAGAGGGGAACCUGACCAUCCUCUGCAGCAACAUCCAUGCCUACGUGAGCGCCUGCCAGGCGGCUGGAGGCCACGUGGAACCCUGGAGGACGGAAUCUUUCUGUCCCAUGGAUUGCCCACCCCACAGCCACUAUAAGCCGUGUGCAAACACCUGCUCUCUCAGCUGCUCRGCUCUCAGUGCGCCCCUGAAGUGCCCCGAAGUGUGUGCUGAGGGUUGUGAAUGCGACCCUGACUACCUCUACAAYGGCCAAGCCUGCGUGCCCAUCCAGGAGUGUGGCUGCUACUACAAGGGUAUCUACUAUGAGCUGGAGCAGAAGGUCCUCAUUGAWGACUGCCAGCAGGAGUGUGUGUGCCAUGCAAAUGGAAUCAUGGCGUGCCAGAAUCACACCUGCAAGCCAGAGGAGGUUUGCAAGCCCCACGAAGGCGUCCUGAGCUGCGUCUCGGGCUCCAACCCUGMCCCUGAAGCAACCCCCCUCAAUGYCUUCUCUUCUCUGUCCCCAGAUCCGUGCCACAAUGUGAUAUGCAAGCCACAGGAGAUAUGCGAAGUUCAGAAUGGCGUGGGCAUUUGUGUGCCCAUCUCUGAGGUCAUGUGYUGGCUCUGGGGUGACCCACACUACCACUCCUUCGAUGGCUGGGCAUUUGACUUCCAGGGCACCUGCAACUAUGUGUUGGCAACAACUGACUGCCCAGGGGUCAGUUCUCAAAACCUGACUCCCUUCACCGUCACCACCAAGAAUGAAAACCGGGGUAAUCCCUCUGUGUCCUAUGUGAAGCUUGUCACUGUGAAUACUCUCAAUACCAACAUCUCCAUCCACAAGAAUGAGAUCGGCAAAGUCCGGGUGAAUGGUGUGCUGACAACCCUGCCUGUCUCUGUGGCUGGUGGGCGGAUUUCAGUGACCCAUGGAGCAUCAAAGGCUGUGUUGGUGACUGACUUUGGGCUUCAAGUCACCUAUGACUGGAAUUGGCAGGUAGAGGUGAAGCUGCCCAGCAGCUACAGGAAAGCAGUCUGCGGGCUCUGUGGGAACAUGGACAAGAACGCCAGUAACGAUCAAGUCUUCCCUAACGGCACAGUGGCUCCUUCAAUACCCACCUGGGGUGGCAGCUGGCGAGUUCCAGACUGGGACCCAUUUUGCUGGGAUGAAUGCAAAGGGUCCUGCCCAACAUGCCCUGAGGAGCGGCUGGAAGAGUAUAAGGGUCCCAGCUUCUGCGGACCUCUGGCCCCUAACGCAAAUGGCCCCUUCACCUCCUGCCAUGCCCACCUGCCACCUGAAAAUUACUUCAAGGGCUGUGUUCUGGAUGUCUGCCUGGGUGGAGGAACCCAGGACAUACUCUGCCAGGCGCUGGCUGCCUAUGCUGCUGCCUGCCAGGCUGCUGGAAUCACCAUCAAGGACUGGAGGACACAGGCCGGCUGUGAGAUCUCCUGCCCUGAAAACAGCCACUACGAGCUCUGUGGCCCACCCUGCCCAGCCAGCUGCCCGCCCCCUGAGCCUACCACGAAACCAGCUGUGUGUGAGGGCCCCUGCGCUGAGGGCUGCCAGUGUAAUGAAGGCUUCGUGUUGAGUGGYCACCGCUGCGUUCCCCUGGACGGCGGCUGUGGCUGCUGGGCCAAUGGCACCUACUAUGAGGCAGGCAGUGAGUUUUGGGCUGAUGCCUCCUGCUCUCAGCGAUGCCACUGUGGACCUCAGGGUGGCUCACUGUCCUGCACACCCGGCAGCUGUGGGCUGGGUGAACAGUGUACCCUGCUACCCUCUGGCCAGCACGGCUGCCAACCUGUCAGCACAGCUGAGUGCCAGGCCUGGGGUGACCCCCACUACACCACCCUGGAUGGCCACCGAUUCGACUUCCAAGGCACCUGCGAAUACCUCCUGAGUGGGCCCUGCCCCGAACCACCCAAGGGGACUGAGAACUUCACCGUCACUGUGGUCAAUGAGCACCGGGGCAGUCAGGCUGUCAGCUACACCCGCAGUGUCACUCUGCAUGUCUACGGCCACAGCCUGACACUCAGUGCCCGCUGGCCCAGGAAGCUACAGGUGGACGGCGAGCUCGUGGAGCUACCCUUCCAGAAGGACCCACUCCUGCACGCGCACCUGAGCGGCGCCGACGUGGUGGUGACCACGGCCUUUGGGCUCUCGCUGACUUUCGACGGGGACAGCUUUGUGCGCCUGCGCGUGCCGGCGGCGUACGCGGGCGCCCUCUGUGGCCUGUGUGGUAACUACAACAAGAAUCCGGCGGACGACCUGAACGCGGUGGGCGGGAAGCCAGAAGRUUGGCAGGUGGGCGGCGAACCUGGCUGUGGCGAGUGCGUGCCAGGGCCGUGCCCGGCACCCUGCACGCCCGAAGAGCAGGAGUCCUUCGGCGGCCCCAACGCCUGUGGUAUGAUCUCGGCCCCMGACGGCCCACUAGCACCCUGCCACAGCCUGGUGCCACCUGACCAGUACUUCAAAGCCUGCUUGCUGGAUGCCUGCCAGACCCAGGGCCAUCAGGGAGGCCUCUGCCCUGCUUUGGCCGCCUACGUGGCAGCCUGCCAGGCCGCUGGGGCGAUUCUCGAAGAGUGGAGGAAGCCUGAUUUUUGUCCUUUCCAGUGCCCUGCCAAUAGCCACUAUGAGCUCUGCGGGGACUCCUGCCCGGUGAGCUGCCCAAGCCUCACAGCACCCGAGGGCUGUGAGUCCACCUGUCGCGAGGGCUGUGUCUGUGAUGCUGACUUCGUGCUUAGUGGUGACACCUGUGUGCCUGUGAGCCAGUGCGGCUGCCUCCAUGAUGGCCGCUACUACCCACUGGGCGCGACCUUCUACCCGGGCCCUGAGUGUGGGCGGCGCUGUGAGUGUGGGCCACAUGGCCAGGUCAGCUGCCUGGAUGGCGAAGCCUGUGGACCCUAUGAGGAGUGUCGAAGAGAGGAUGGCGUCCAGGCUUGUUAUCCCACGGGCUGUGGUCGCUGCAUGGCCAACGGAGGCAUCCACUAUGUCACCUUUGAUGGGCGUGUCUAUGACCUGCAUGGCACCUGUUCUUAUGUCUUGGCCGAAGUCUGCCUCCCGAAGUCUGGAGAUGAGAGAUUUAGCAUCGUCCUUGAGAAGAAGAACACAUCAUCCGAACAAUCCCAACGCCUGCGCGUUACUGUGGAUGAGCUGGUUGUGAGUCUGGAUCAAGGGCCAACGGUCACUGUGGACGGCGAGGCUGUGGCCCUGCCCGUGUCUGUGGGCCCUGUGCGGGUGACUUCCGAAGGCCGACACCUGAUUCUGCAGACGACCAAGGGGCUGCGGAUCCUCUACGACGGCGACUUCCACAUCCUCAUAUCCGUCCCUAGCUCCUUCCAUGGACGGGUCUGUGGCCUCUGUGGGAACUUCAAUGGCAACUGGACCGACGACUUUGCCCUUCCUACUGGCAAAGUAACUGCCAGCGUGGAGGUCUUUGGAGCUUCAUGGAAAGACAUGGACUCCUCCCAGGAGGGUUGUUUUGAGGGUUGUGGGCCUCAGGGCUGCCCUGUGUGCUUGGCAGAGGAGACAAAACCCUAUGAGGGCAACAAGGUCUGUGGCAUACUCCAAGACCCCCAGGGCCCCUUCGCGACCUGCCAUAAGGUGCUGAAGCCCUCUGAAUACUUCCGCCAAUGUGUGUAUGACAUGUGCGCCCACAAGGGUGACGAAGCCUUCCUCUGCCAGCACCUGGCGGCGUAUACAGCAGACUGUCAGGCAGCCGGCUCGUCCGUGAAGCCCUGGAGGUCAGACAGCUUCUGCUCUCUCAAGUGCCCAGCCCACAGCCACUACUCCGUGUGCACUCACCACUGCCAGAGCUCCUGUGCGGCUCUCUCCGGCCUCACGGGCUGCACCUCCCGCUGCUUUGAGGGCUGCSAAUGUGAUGACCGCUUCCUGCUCUCCCAGGGUGUCUGCAUCCCUGCUCAAGACUGCGGCUGYACCUAUCAAGGCCGAUACUUGCCGGUGAACUCCUCCCUGUGGAACUCAGACUGCAGUGAGCGCUGUUCCUGUUCCUCAAGCAAGGGUCUGACAUGUGAGGCAGCUGGCUGUCCAGCAGGCCAUGUCUGCGGUAUCCAGGAAGGAUCCCGGAAAUGCCAGGCUGCCCAAGGUCUCUGUACCCUCUCCUUGGGUGCCCAAAUCACCACCUUCGAUGGGGCCAACAGUACCUUCAGCUCCCCUGGUGUCUAUGAGAUAUCUUCCCGCUGCCCAACACUACGGCCGACCAUCCCCUGGUACCGUGUGGUUGCUAAUGUCCAGCCCUGCCAUGAAAAGCCUGAAACYGUGAGCCAGUUCCACAUCUUCUUCCAAGAGGGUAUUGUCACUGUGACCCCAGGCAAGGGCGUGUGGGUGAACGGUCUCCCAGUGGAUCUCCCAGCAGAAGUGUUCUCAUCUGUGUCUGUGAGGCAGACACCCGAUGGCUCCAUGCUAGUCAACCAGAAGGGAGGGGUCCAAAUCCAACUUGAGACCAAUGGGCAGCUGGCUGUGAUGGUUGGUGAUGAGCAUUCUGGCAAGCUGUGUGGGGCCUGCGGAAACUUUGACGGGGUCCAUACCAAUGAUGUGCCCACGGAGACAGGAAUGGAGAAAUGGAAAGCAAAGGACUUCUCCCAAUGGUGA